CAGUCUUCUAUGUUUCUUGGUCUUCAUCAUGAACACGCACUUUUCAAUUUUGUUUGUAAAACAUUUUUUAAACAUACAAUUUUUCUCCACUUUACAAUUAAUUUUUAUGUUGAUCUGUCACAUAAAAUCCCUGUAAAAUUCACUGAAGUUUAAGGUUGCAACAUAACAAAAUAUGGAAAAGUUCUAUGGGUGUGAAUACUUUUGCAAAACACAAGUAUAUUUUAACUACAACCAGCAGCUGCCAAGAUUGUAAACCAGGUGAUCUGACUGACAUUUACGUCCAAAACUAAAAUCAUGAAGCUGAUUUACAUGUUCAACUUGUUUCAAAGGGAAAACAAACCGGUGUUACAGAUUUUAUGUUAUUAUUUGCCUUCUUCUAAAAGUCUAGCUCAUUUUAUUUACACUUUGAUUUUUUCAGUAUUUUAAAAAACCAGAAUAAUUGCUAAUUAGUAAAUUUUUAUCUACAGAUUUUGUUCCUACCGACAGACGCAGGCUGACUGUUAGCUGAUUUUUUUGGUAAAUGUUUGAAUGACCUGCUUGUUUUUUUUUAAACAGACGGUUACAAUUCUUACGAUUUGUAUCAUGAUUUGUAACCUGAUUUUUAAAAAAAGGGCCAAAGGUGACAGCUUGUGGGAUUUUCUUCAUGAUCAGCAAAAGAUUUAGUCAAAAAAGCACAACAACAAAAAAUUAAAGCUGUGAAUUAUUUUGUUGAUCUUUAAAGGAGAAUGUCUGAAAUGUUUUAAAUGAGCAUUAAAAGCAGCAACGUUUGUCUCCAAAUGAGCAGCACUUUGCGUAUGUUUGUCGCGUCUUUAACAUUUUUCCGCGGAUGGCACCCUGCAGAGUUUCUGUGAAAGCGCGCAUGUUUAUAUUUUCAGUGACUUCUCUGUAUUGUCUUUUACAAAACAUACAGUCGACUUUCAAGGCUUGUGAAUGUGAAGACGUCAUUUUACCCUUUCAAAAAUUAGGGGUUUUUUUUUGUUUGUUUUGUUUUUUACAGUGAUAUUAUUUAAUAAAAUUCUGUCUUUGGAAAAUUUGUUCACAUUGUGUAAUUGUUUUGUUCAAGUUAAUGAUUAUAAUAUAAUUUAUUGUGUUGCUUUUUGGUACAAUUAAAUGUUUCAGAUCAUCUAGUUUGCACCACAUUUGUCAAAAUCAUAUAGUCAAUUUUUUUUUUUAUUUAAAAAUUUCUAAAUCUGCUCAAUAAUAAACUAUAUGUUGAAUAUUUUAGUCAUUUUGAGGGCAGUGGAUCAUUGAAAUCGUUAUAGAUCCAAAACAUAAAAAGGGUUUUGUGGAAACAGUAAAAUUUACAAACCUUUUGAGGAUUCCACUGGUUUUUAUUUUCUUGUCUAUUCUCAGAGACAAGAACAGGAUUUGAAAAUGCUUGCUAUGAUUAGCAAGGUUUAAUAAGUUAAUCCAGGUCUGCUUUUGAGAGAAAGUUGAAGAAAUCAUUAAGAGGUCCAAUAGAUUUUUACACCAGAGUACAUUAUCAUUGCGUCAUUAUCAGAAAAGAUAGAAACCAAGUCAGAGUGGAACCUUCAGGAGAGCUGAGUCUCGUUCCAGUUUCUUCUCUAAGAGGUUUAUUAAAUUAGACCGAAUUAGAAACAAACUUUGCCUCAGUUGCUCUCGCAGGUAUUUAAGAGCGACGUCGUCGUUCCAGCAGCUUACCGCUCGCCCGGCCAAUGAGCAUCAGCGGUACCGGUCCACCUGACGGAGAUUGUUAGGAGGAUAACAGGCUGGCUGUGAUUCAUACUUUCCUUCAGACGGUCAGAGGAGCGUCAGUCGGGCGAAAGUCUCCAGAAACAAAGAGCGACGUCUGAACCGAGAUUUUACCACAACUAACAGCUGACAGACCAAGAUGAACCCGCAGAAGCUCCCCGUCACCAUGUCCCUCUGUCUGCUGCUGCUUUGCACCCUGCUGCCCAGCUCUGAGGCGCGUCGCGGUCGCGGAGGCGGUGGAUUCGGUCGGGGCGUAGGAGGAGGAAUCGGUGGCGGCGGCUACAGCCGUGGAUGGGGCGGUCAGUCCUACAGACCCGCACCUGUCCAAGUCCAGAGAAGUGGUCCGAGUGCGGGCAAAAUAGCCGGAGCGGCAGCUGCAGGGGCAAUAGGAGGAGCAAUGGUUGGGUCAGCCCUGAGCCGACCCGGGAAUGGAUACGGGUACGGGGGGUACGGAGGUUAUGGGGGAUAUGGCGGUUAUGGUGGCUAUGGGGGUUAUGGACCUCAGUUCGGAGGCGGCUACCGUCCAAGGCCCGGCUAUGAGCCUGAGGGUUCUGGAGACAUGGAGUACUACGCUGCAGCGUCCAGUGGGCCCAUCUACAACAGCAUAGUGGUUGUGAUUGGCUUUAUAACCUCCCUGUUGCUGGGAAACUGGGUGGGUGUCAUGUAGACCUGGAGGCCGAGCUGAGAUUCAAAACAAAAGUAAAUCAACAAAUUCAUCCUGAGAAUAAAGAGGAACGUCUUAAAAUUUCAUCUCCAGCCCUUGAAGAUUGUCAUCAGCGUUCCUGAUUCAUCCAAAAGGAGGAAGUCCCAACAUGACAUCAUCCAUCAGAAUGAGAGAAAAAUCCUCUUCAGCAUCUCUGAACCCAUUUUAUUUAUGAACUGUUGCCACUGCAUCCCACUUUAGCUGGGUUCCCAUUGACCAUAUAAUGGUUUUGAUAUUUUGAAAAUAAAUUAACUUUAAGGAAACACACCAAUUUAAGUUUCAGCUCUAAGAUGAAGUGGGUAACUUUGGCCGUAUCAAAAUUGGUUUAUUUUAACAAAACUGCAGCGGAAAAACUUUAUUAGCAUCAAGACAACCGGAUAUUGCGACUGGCGAACCCCAUUAAGAAGACAACAGGAAGGAGUUAAAUGAUAAUGGCGCAGGUGUUUUUUAAUGAUUUAUGAACAAACUUAUUCACAUGUGAUUUAAAUUGUUUCUUAUUUAAUGGAAACAUCUCAAUUGUGAAAUUGUGUUUUUCAACAUUAGUGAAAUAUUGACACAGAUUUGUGAUCAACCUACCUCACGACAUCAUCAUAGGAGAGCAUUUAAAAGCAGCUACACUCUUUAUAUCACUGGUUAAUGUACAUCUUAAAUUAUUUAUAGUAAUGAUUCAGUUGAUUCAUCUGCAUACAGUUCAUAUUUUGAGUAUUUGGCUCAUAUUAAGAGUGUUUUACUCAGUUAAAGUACUAAUAAAUAAUUUAAGGGCUCGUUCUCAUUCAUCUUGAAUGUUAGUGUCCUACUUUUGCAGAUUUAUUUGUAUAUAUAUUUGUUUAUAAAUGUCUACAUGUAUUUUCUUGUUUCGCUGUGUAACAUUAAUAAAAAAA